GGAGAGAGACGAGGCGAACUAAUGCUGCCUUCAUUGUGUGAACUCUUCUUAGAGUGAGCACGCCCAGCCUGCAAGCUAGCCUGUGUUCAUAGGCACAAAACAUGUCGGGGAAGAGUUUUCGAGUCAGCGACGGGGACUGGAUAUGUCCCGAUAAAAAGUGCGGAAACGUGAACUUUGCCCGCAGAACAAGUUGUAACAGAUGUGGCAGAGAGAAGACAACAGAGGCGAAGAUGAUGAAAGCUGGGGGGACAGAGAUUGGGAAAACUCUGGCUGAGAAGAGUAGAGGCCUCUUCAGUGCAAAUGACUGGCAGUGUAAAACGUGUGGCAAUGUGAACUGGGCCAGGAGGUCAGAGUGCAACAUGUGCAACACACCCAAAUAUGCCAAGCUUGAAGAGAGAACUGGCUAUGGCGGAGGUUUCAAUGAAAGGGAAAAUGUGGAAUACAUUGAACGUGAAGAAUCUGAUGGCGAAUAUGAUGAGUUUGGUAGGAAAAAGAAGAAAUACCGAGGGAAAACCAAUAGCACCUCUUCCUCAAAAGAUAGCGAGAAAAAGGAACUGGCAAAAGAGGAGGACGAAGAUGACGAAGAGGAUGAUGAUGACGAUGAUGAAGAUGGAGACCUUUCCAAAUACAAACUGGAUGAUGAUGAUGAUGAUGACGACGAAGAUGGAGACUUGUCAAAGUACAACCUGGAUGCCAGUGAUGAUGAGGAGAAGCAGAGGAAGGAGAAGGGCAGCCGCUCAGGUUCAUCUCGCUCCCGCUCGUCAUCGCGCUCCUCCAGCUCCAGCUCACGGUCGAGGUCCAGGUCCCGUUCUAGAAGCUCAUCCAGUUCCAGAUCUGGAUCUCGCUCGAGGUCCCACUCCAGAUCCAGCUCCAGGUCUGGAAAGGGCUCCUCUCCCCGGAAGAGGUCCCGCUCACCCUCCUCCUCGCCUGAGAGGAGACAGAAGCGCAGUCGCUCCAGGUCCUCAUCUGGAGGGAGGAAACGGAGGCGCUCUAGAUCACAUUCGUCCGAAAGGCGCCGCAGCCAGUCCUCCGGAUCCUCCCAUUCUGGCUCCAGUUCAAAAAAGAAAUAAGUUUAAAACAGCCUUUGCAACAAGAAAAGGAACCUUAGUACAAAUGCAUGUUGUGUUUUAAGAAAUAACACCAGAUCCGUUCAUUAUGCUGUUCAACUUCAUAGAGCCUGAAAGUACACAUUUGAUUUCCCUCAAAAGAAGAAAACAGUGAAACGACUUUUCUGUCAUUACUUGUCAUUACAUGCUUCCUUUUUAAAACCGAGUAGACUUCAUCCCAGUCUGUGACGAGUGUGUGUAACUUUAGGUGUCCGGUAAACUUAUAAAUGUCUGGUCCUAUUACAGAAACAGAGAUACUGUGAAGGGGUUGUAUCUAAUUUUAAAUCCAUUCUAUUUAAUAUCUUCUUGGCACUGCAUUUUAUUCCACUUACUUGGGGGAAACUGAACUUUAAUAUAAAUUUAGAUGAAUUUUGUUGACAUAAGGAAGCUUCUGGGAUGGUGGUUUUCCAAAAUCUGUUUUUUAAGACCAAACUUAAAACAGAAAUGCUUAGUAUUCAACCACCAUCAUGGAUUGUUAUUAAUGUUACUAUGAGAAUUUUGGUCAAGUUUGAUUUGUUGUUUUUGUUUUGUGUUGAAGGUAAGUAUUUCUUUUUCUUUCACUUUUUGAUAUUCCUUGUUUUAACUAAACGGCAGUAAUUUCAACAAUGCAGGCUAAGGUUAAAAAAGUUAUUUCCCCUCAACCCUUGUGGUUUAUUAAUCACCAUCUACAGUUGUUCUUGAUAGCUCUGUCAACACACUUUGGGAGCUUUGCAAUUAAAUCUACAAAUGAGACUUCCGUGCAGUUGAAAUAAAAUACGAAACAAGGAGCGACAAAAAGAAAGAGAUGUCCUCUAAAUGACAGUAUUUACAAAAUGUGGUAAUAGGGUCUUUUUGUUGGCUAAUGAACUAAAAUGUACACAACAUGUAAAUAAAUCCUGCCGAAGUUAUUUCAUUA